AUUAUCAAAAUACCUUGCCAUCAACAACUAGUGAAAGUGACCCACAAAUAUAAUGUUUAAGAUUAGUUACCUUUGGAAACUGAAAAAAAGAUUGCUUCAUUUGGUACUCAUUUCCAAGACACGACCGCUCCGCUCGCUGCCCGCGACCUAAAUGAACUAAAAUGCACGCUUGGCGGGCUAGAGGGAGAUAGCACCCGCCGUCCCUCUCGCACUUGCGGAGCGGUUGUCAAGUCGAUUCAACCGUCCGCCGGGCCACGUUUCUUCCAUUUUGUUUUCAAUCGUCACAGCGUACACGACUGGGAAAAGUAAAACAUGGUUAUCAAACGUGUCAGUGUAUCUUCGAAUUACUGAUGAAUCGCGUGGUGAAUUUUAGUUUUAGGAAAGCAGCAAAAGGAUAAAGCAAAAUGUCGGAGCUGGACAAAUUCAAGCGGCGCAUCAUCCGCUCGGUGGCGCGCCUGAUGCUUAAGGAGAAGAAACCCGAUGAAGAACUAUGGAAGGAUAUGAAGAAGGAAACCGGCUCGGACUGCCGUACUCUAUGGGAGCGAAUGCGAGCGUUAUGCGUGAAAAAGCUAAACCGUAUGAUAGCAGUCGACGAUCGCUCGGCCAAUCUCCCAAGCAUCGCUCGACUAUCCCUCACCGACUGGCUGCUAGUGGACCUCGUGUUGGUGCAUGAGGAAAUAGACGUUAUUGCUAUGGAUAAGUCUGAUAACAAGGAAUAUCCAGCCCUAAUAGAACUAUUCAGCUUGGUACAACGAUUCGACAUUGAAAGGCGCGCCGGGGAGCCGCUAGCGGAGGCCUGGGCCGCCGCCACCGUCUACUACAAUCGACAAGGCCGCCAAUGCUCCCCGAUGCUGCUCCAACGUCGCUGGUACCAGCUGAAGAAACUGACCCGCUGCCGCUUCUACAAGUUCUGGUUCUCAUACAAGGGCAACACCCGUCUUCUGGAGGAAGCUAGAAAGUCUAUGCCCUCGAGGCUGCAGAUGGCUAUCGCUAAGAGAUACCCAGAAGUAAUAACGAAAGAGUAUCCAGAUUGGGACGAAUUAAUAGAAAAACGCUUUGUCAUAAUGCCGGAGGAAUUUGAAGCUAAAAUGAGGAUGCCCAACUUACCGAAGCCUUGCAACUCCAAUGCUCCAGAUCUAGUGGUUGUUGAACCCGUAAUCGAGACCAUAGACCUCCGCUUAGAAUCAGACCCAGAAGAUCAAAACGAUGAUGAAAUGGAAGACACGUCUGAUCCGGAAAGGAGCAAUGAUGCAACUGAUAUAACUCAUCCAGCUACUGAAGAAGACAUCCCAGUUGCACAAGAAAACCCAGUUACUGAAGAGGAAAUACCAGUUGCCGAAGAAGGAACCCUAAUAAAUGACGAAGCUUCAGGUAUACAAGUUAAAACAGAACCCAUGGAAGAAGACGGCUUAUCAAAUGUACAACUUAUUUCUGCUGCGCAUGUCCCUGAAGUUGAAAUACCAGACGAUAGUCCAGAUGAAACUGCUGAGGUUGUGUCUACUAAUUCAGAUGAAAUUGUAGUAAAAUCUGAGGUGAGCCAAAUGGAAACAAGUCCAGAUGAUGAAGAUGAUGUUAUACAAAUACCAGGCGCAACUCCUGUAGUAGAACUAUCUCCUGAAAUUGUACAAAGAGAAACAGCGGACGUACCAAGUAACGUUCCAUGCGACGUGGAUAUUAUAAAUGACAGUGAUGACGCUGUUGAUGACAUAAUAAAAGUUAAAGCAGACGAGUACUGCCGCAAAAAGGAUGAAGUUCCUGUUGAAAAAAACAAUGCAAUAGAUGAUUUGAUAAAAGACAAAUUAGAGACGUACCUUAAGAGGCCCAAAGAGGCUAUACCACUUGUUGAUAAGAAACCUGAUGUUGACUCUAUUGACUUGAAAAAUAAAGCAAACGUAGCCGCUAUAGAUUUAAUGGCUGAUUUAAACUUCGUUGAUGACGGCAUUGAAUUUGUUGAUGAUGGCGUUGAAUUUAUAGAAGAAGAUCACGCACAAACUAUUGAAUCCACAACCAACGUACCUUCUAGUAAAUCAAUUGAAGACAAUGCAGUUGAACAAACUGAAGAAGAGGACGAUGAAAGCCACAAAUUUGACUUAAAACUAUUAAUGUAUCCUGUUGUCUAUACUACCAAGUUAGACCAAAUGAAAACGUUCAAAAACAAAGAAAUUGAUUCAGUAAAAGGUACAGAGGAUAUAGAAAUGGCGGCCAUUGAGAGUAAACCGGUGAGUAAUAAAUCACUUGAUAUUAAAAUAAAAGAGGAAAGCGUCAUAAGUGCCGCAGAAGACAUAGCAGAAAGUGAUGAUCUUUUCACCAAUCGCGAAGUAACAGAUGAUGAAGACUCAGAAGAAGAUGUAAUAGUGUCACCGAGCAGCUAUAUGUUGAAGAAACCCAGAACUCGCACUUACGAUCCUAUAAAACUUUGCAAAAAUCCCGAUUUCAACACGAAACUUAAAAGAUUGACUAUAGGUUUUCUGAGUUCUACAAGAAAUCGACAGUAUCUCAAUGCCUGUAUACCAAUGACAAUAGAUUUAAGUAAAGCUUUUGAAUCAAAAUUAGUAAAUGGUACAUUGUAUUUAAAAUCCAGUGGUACGGCUGCAAUUGUAGAAAAACCGGAAGUAAUAGAAAAGCGAGCGUCUUCGAUUGUCCCGACCGCGAUGCCCGUACAAAGUCUCAUUGAUAAUUCAAAAGUGGAUAUUCAAAAUUUGAUUCCACAUCCAUCCCCAAUAGUUUCUGAAAGGACCAAAGUUAUAAAUUUACCAGAUAUUGACAAAGUUAGGAGAAUAAACCAACAGUUGCUUACUGCUCAAGUGCCACCACUUAGAGUUUUUGCUGGCAACAGUAGAGCUAUUCAUCCACAAGAAGUUAAUCCAACAGUUUCAACUGUCCCGAGCAUCGAACCUGUACAACCAGUGACUGAUUCCAUUUUCAUUCAAAAUACCGUGCCUAAAAUAAAAAUUGAGGGUGAAAAAAGCGAUAAUGACAGUUUGCCUACAGAAACCUUACCACCAGCUAAAGAAAAGCUGAUAAAGAUGAUCAAUCAGGCGAAAAUCUUAACUAAAGAAGCACUGGACAAAAUUGAUGACGCUACAAAGCCAAAAGAUUUUCCAAUGCCGAUUGUAGUACAAGAAGUAAAAACCAACAUACCUCAAGAAGUACCAACCAGAAAACACCAUUAUCAGCCUCGAGUGCCACUGCCGUGGGCACCAAAACAUGCAGUACCGACUAAAAAUAACUUUGACGAUUUUGGCCUGCUAACUUCAGAUACGUUAAACAAAAUGUUGCAUUUACUGACAAGUGGUAAAGAGGGUGAUGGUUGCAAAUGCUGUAAUAUACCGAAGAAAAAGAAAAAGAAAAGGAAAUGUAAGGAAAGCGAAGCCCAACAAAAAGACUCGGACAACUCAGACUCGGUCCAGGAAGUCGGUAAAGUAGACGAAAGUAAAACAUCUGAUGUUGCAGUCGCAAAACAAGCCCCAAAACAAACGACCAAAGUGGUGCCCGUAUCUAAAGUGGUAAAAACUAAAUUUUGUUGUUGGGCUAAUCAAAAACUUAAUAACCGUAGACGUAACUCCAAGCACUUGUGUCCUCCUAACCCCUGCCGAUGUUGCUGUGCGGAUAAACUGGUCAAAAAAAUUCAGGCAGACGAGGAAGCAAGGAGAUUAAAAAUGAUGGCGAAAACUGUAGUUGAACUAUCAGAUGAUGAGGAAGACAGCCUGAAGAAAGCUUGCGAAUCGAUUGAGACUGUUGUGCAGCAAUCAGCUCUACUGACAGAUCAAUCUAAGGGCAGAACUUCUGCAGUCCCGGCUGUGUCCGUGGUGGACAGAAUACCUGUCCCAAUUGUGAACGUGGUGAAGAGCUCACCUCAUGUUCCAAUUGUGACCGUGAUGGACAAUGCACCUGAUGUUCCAGAUGUAACAGUAGUUUCACCUCCAAAGCCCUUGACACCAUCUAUUAAUGUUGAAGUAGUCGCACCAUCUAUUUCUAAAGUGACUAUAGAUUUGGGUAUUAAUGCCAAUGAAAUUAAUGAAACACCAACGUCGCCAACAAAACCUUACAUGAAAAUAAGAGCCGCCCCAAUUGCAUCUUUAAUGCCAUCAGAUCGACCAGCAAUCAGACCGAUAAUAAAUCGACCGACCAUACCGCAAAUCAAUCCAGUAACUGUCAACAGGGUACCUCUACAAAGAGUACAAAUACAUUCACAGCGAAAACCAUCGCCGUGGGCCUCUUGCUCCUGUCAGAGGCCUGCCCUCAGUCAAGACACUCGGCGGAACAUAGUGAUAGACGCAUCCACACAGUGUCCCAUUCAUCCGACGCCCAUCGCUUCCAAACAAAUUGUGAGUCCCCAGAAAAAAGACUCAUCACUUCAGAUUCCAGAAACACCCAAAGAGAAGAUUUUAUAUCUACACAGUAAAAGUUUAGCCAAAAGCCCAUCGGAAAGCCCAAUAUUUUUGGGCAAGAACAAAAUUUUAUUGACCACUGUUAAAUUUCCGCGAAAGAACGACGAUGUUGCUCCACCGACUGAAAUUUUCCAAGCUCCAAAAGUUAUCCCAACUUUGCCCCUGCCUGCUGGUGUGCAGUUAGUACUGAUGCCUUCAGGUAAUGUGACGUACACUGUGGAUCCGGGCGUUGAGUUAGAUGAAGCGCAAUUGGCAGCUUUACCCACGAUUUUAGCAGCAGUGCAAGAACAGCUUAAUGCUUCAGGCGUUACUCCUUCGUCGGCUGUUCCUGAGCCACAAGUCAGCGCAGCCAGAGACGUUGAACCAGUUACAGCUGUUACCCAGCCCGAAACUACUGGUUCUGAAAAUAUAAACUUGUCACAAAGCGAUGAAACUGCGGAGACACCUCAAGCCGAUAGUAAUAUUAAUGACCUUACUGACACUCCUGUAACAUUAGAAACGAACGAAGUAUUCCAAGACACAGAACUGCCGCCGAAAUAUACUAAUAACGUAGAUAUGGAAGUCGAUACACAGAGUACAAAAGCAGAUACAGCAACAGAACAGGAUACAUCUACUACUACUAGUACCAGCGAUUUAGAAAAAGAAUCUGUUCCCAUGACUAAAGAUACGGUAAGUGAAGCUACAGUUGAUGCUGAAGCACCAAACGAUAUUACUGAACCACUUGCGUCUGCUCAAACAGCGCCGGUUAUUGAAGAGUCACAAAGUGAAAAACAAACUCUAGAAAUCCAAAGUGUAGCAGAAGAUAAAGAAGCACCUGAAGUAACUCAAGAGAUUCAAAGUGUAAGAGAAGGAAAAGAAGAUGGCAUUAGCAAUAGAAAAAGUUUGCUAUCUGACUUGAUGGAGAUGUCGGGAAUAUCUGCGGAAGAUACGACGGCGCCCGAACCUCCAGUCAUAGACCUAGUACAACACGAAGCUAUUGUAAAUGAUGAAUCGAAAAAUCUGCCAGAACUCAGCCCAGUGACAUCUUUUGCUGAGCUUAAGUAUGCAUGCGAGCAGAAUGGCAAAUUCUUUAAACUAGACUUUGACACGGGAGUUAUAGUCCCUAUUAAUGUUUGCAUCAAAAAGAAUCCUAAAACGAAGACAACUCCUACUAAAACAAAGGAAUUCAUUGAUUUGACUGAAGAUGUUGACAACACUGAGACCCCAGAUACUCUAAAUAUAUCUACUGAAGGCCUACCAACUAGGUCUUCAUCAUUGAAAGAGCCAGUCGAAUAUUUAUAUAAUGGUAAAACUGUGAACGUGUCGAGUAGUAUAGUUAAACCAGUCAAAUUAUUUAAAGCUCUUCACCCUACGCCGAAGCCCAAGCCGAGGGUUCUAAAAGCUGGUCCACUAACAAUCUCAUCAUAUAACUCUGCAAGCUUAUUAAAGCGAACACAUGAAGAAAAGAGAAAGCAGAAAUUCUCAAUAGUCAGAGCGAAGGUCGAAGCUAAAAUUGAUUUGGUCGAUUCUGAUGAGCCAAUGGAGGAAGAAUACCUUGUAGACAGUUCUGACAAUGACAAAUCGGAUGACGAUACAGGACCCGAGCCAAUGCUAGUUGAAGCCUUGAACACUUCACUAUUAGACGAAUCAUCAGACGAUGAACCUCUAGCUAAGAAAUCUAAACGUUUAAAGGAAGCAGAUGAGAAAGAAGUAAGAGAAACGAAUAUAUUUGAUGAAAUUCCUGAUGCGGCAAGUCCUGAUGAACUGGCAAAUGAUUUGAACGAUUUAGUAGAGCAUAUAGAGACUGCAGCAGUUACUGGUGGAACUGAUCAGGUACAAAAAAUUAGUGUGAUAGAGGGCGUGGUUCCUACAAGCAGUAAAAAUGAUACAUCUGAUGGUAAGAGAGAUAAGCCUCAGGCAAAAGUAAGAGAGACGCUUGAACCUAAUGUCAUUGUCCGGUCUGAAGGCCCAAUAGAAAUAAAUGUUCACAAUCCGGUAGACAACCAGUCAGACGAUGAAGAAUUAGAUAAAGCGCCUCCUGAACUCAGAUUCUUAUCUGAUCACAGCGAGAACGGAGACGGGGAUGAAGACUGCAUACUAGGAUUCUAAAUUUUAACCACAAAAAUCGUCCGCUAAAG